UAAAUGAAAGUGAAAGUGACGCCAAUUUAAUGGCAGAGUCGCCAUUUUAUCAAGAAUCAUGAACACGAUUCUGGAAUAAUAUACAGAUAUUCUGCGUUUCAAGAGACCACAGCAGGAAUCAUCUGGUCUGGAUCAGCACAGAAAUGGAGAAGGAGAGAAGAAAAAGAAGAGCUUCUUCUGAAAUGCCCCCCCCUAUGGGGUGUAAGAGAAGGAGCCCUGAGAGUGUCCUGAUGAAGAGAGCAGACUCCCCUGUACCCAGCUGUGUUUCCCUGAAGAGUGACAGGUCAAUACCACAUCCACCCAACUUCAGUGAGGGUCCUUUUCCUACAGAUCAAAGAGACCAGGUGGAAGAAUGCAGUUCAGAUCCACAUGAUAAACCGGGUUUAUCAUCCAUAUCGAAGGAUGAGCUGAAGAAUUGUGUGAGUUACCUAGAUCAGAAUUACCCAGAAUGCUCUGAGCCUCAGCUGGAGGAGGACAAUGAUCCGAACACACUGUACAUCCUGAGGACCAUGGAGCAAAAUGAUCUCGCUGACGUGCCAGAGAAGAGACUCAUGCUGCAAUAUCAGCAGGAAAUCAAAUAUAAACUUAAGAAGCAAUUUGAGUGUGUAUUUGAAGGGAAAGCUAAGGAAGGACAGCCAACACUUCUCAGUGAGAUUUACACAGAACUCUACAUAACUGAAGGUGGGACUGGAGCAGUCAAUGAUGAACAUGAAGUGAGACAGAUUGAAACAGCAUCCAAGAAAAGGCAAACAGAAGAUACUACAGUCAAGUGCAAUGAUAUAUUUAAACCCUUAUGUGGGCGUGAGACAACUAUCAGAACUGUACUCACUAAAGGGGUGGCAGGUAUCGGGAAAACAGUCUCUGUGCAGAAAUUUAUUCUCGACUGGGCAGAAGGAAAAGCAAACCAGGAUGUUCACUUCAUAUUUGCUCUUCCUUUCCGGGUCCUGAAUUUGAUUAAGGAUGAAUACAGUCUGAUUGAACUGCUUCACCGCUUUGUCCCAGAACUGAAAUCUCUUGAAUCCACUGAGCUGUUUAGGUACAAAGUCUUGUUCAUCUUUGAUGGUCUGGAUGAGUGUCGCCUUCCUCUAGAUUUUCAGAACAAUGAGAGCUGGUUUGAUGUAACAAAGAAAAUGUCACUGGAUGUGCUGUUGACUAACCUCAUUAAGGGGAAUCUGCUUCCAUCCGCUCUCCUCUGGAUAACCUCCCGGCCAGCAGCAGCCAAUCAGAUACCUCCUGAGUGCCUCCACCAGGUGACAGAGAUACGAGGGUUCAGUGAUGCCCAGAAGGAGGAGUAUUUCAGGAGGAGAUUCAGUGAUCAGAGCCUGGCCAGCAGGAUUAUCACACAUGUGAAAUCAUCAAGGAGCCUCUUCAUCAUGUGCCACAUACCUGUGUUCUGCUGGAUUUCAGCCACUGUCCUUGAGAGGCUUUUUAGUGAGACUGACAGGGGAAAAAUUCCAAGGACUCUGACUGAAAUGUACACACACUUCCUGAUCUUUCAGACUACAUUAAAAAAUGGCAAGUAUAUGAAAAACUAUGAAACCAAGCUUAAUGAAUACAGCAAGAAAUUUCUUUUGAAACUUGGUAAAUUGGCUUUUGACAACCUUGAGAAAGGCAAUCUCAUAUUUUAUGAGCAAGAUCUGACAGAGAAUGCCAUUGAUGUCACUGAAGCUGCAGUUUACUCUGGAGUGUGCACAGAAGUCUUUAAGGAGGAAUAUGGGCUGUAUCAGGAGAAGGUGUACUGCUUUGUGCAUCUGACCAUCCAGGAGUAUCUCGCUGCUUUAUAUGUGUUUCUAUCAAAAAGAUCAGCUAAACUGCUGAAGACUGCAGUGGAUCAGGCAUUAAAGAGCAAGAAUGGACACUUGGACCUUUACCUCCGCUUCCUCCUGGGCCUCUCAACAGACUCCAGUCAGACUCUGUUACAAAGGCUACCGGGAAAGACAAAAACCCGCUCACAUAACAUUGAGGAAACAGCCAAAUACAUCAAGGACAAAAUACAUGGGAAUUUAUCUCCAGAAAGGACCAUCAACCUGUUCCACUGUCUGAUUGAGCUGGGUGACAAUUCUCUAGUAGAGGAAGUACAAAGAUACCUGAAUUCAGGAAGCCUUUCAGCAGAAGACCUCUCACCUGCACAGUACUCAGCUCUGGCCUUUGUGAUGCUGAUGUCAGAUGAGGAGCUGGAUGUGUUUGAUAUGAAGAAAUUCAUCAGAUCAGAUAAAGAGCACUGGAGGCUGCUGCCUGUGGUCAAGAACUCCAGGACGGCUCUGUAA